AUGGAGAAGCGGGAGCGGCUCCUCAAGUCCUCGGAGGAACUCGACGGCGCCGACAUAGGCAAGCAGCUCAAGGAGCUCGACGGCCUUCGUCAGGUGUGGGAGGCCUUUUCGACCAAGCGCAAGCAGCUGCUCAGCACCUUGGCCAUGAGCCAGAGCGACCCGGACGAGGACAUGCGCGCCCUUGCCACGGAAGAGCUUCCCCUGCUCGAAGAGGAGCUCGCCGAAGCUCGUUCACAGAUGGAGGAGCUCAUACUCUCGUCCAUCACCGACGCGAUCGAAGCCCAAGCUGUGGGCGCCGUGCUUGAAGUCAGGCCUGGCGUGGGUGGACAGGAGUCGACUCUCUUCACCGCCGAGGUGGCUCGUAUGUACGAGAGGUUCUGCGAGCAAAAGCCAGCCGACGAGGACGGAUCUGGCGAAUGGCAGGUGGAGAUGCUAUCAAGCACGAGCGUCGACGUAUCCACCUCCUCUUCAGGCUCGGGUGCCGGGCUCAAGGAGGCCAUCAUCGAAGUCAAGGGCAAGGGUGCCUUUCAGAAGCUCAAGUUUGAAGCAGGCGUGCACCGAGUGCAGCGCAUCCCGGCCACACAGAGCUUGGGAAAGCUGCAGACGUCGACGAUCGCCGUGAUGGUCCUUCCCAUCUCGGAGGGCUCCGAGAAUAAGGCGGACGACCUGGUGGAUCCCAAAGAUGUCAAGGUCGAGGUGAUGAGAUCGCGCGGCGCAGGCGGUCAGCACGUCAACAAGACCGAGUCGGCCAUCCGACUCACCCACGAGCCCACCGGCAUCACCGUCUCCAUGCAGGACAGCCGCUCGCAGCAUCAGAAUCGCACAAAGGCAUGGGCGGUCCUGAGAGCAAGGCUUCUCGACCGCAGACUCAAGCAGGAGGUCGAGGGAAACCGAGAGCGUCGACUCGCUCAGGUCGCCAGCAUGGACCGAAGCGAUCGCGUCCGCACCUACAACUUCCCGCAAGAUCGCGUUACCGACCACCGCGUCAACCUCAGUCUCAACGGCAUCGACUCGAUCAUGGAGGGUGAGCACGAGCCGGGCACCGGGCUCGACUACAUCAUGGAAAGCCUGCAUAUCGAGAGCGACACGCGCAAGAUCAAGGCUCUGCUCGAGAGCGAAGAGGCCGAAGCUGCCCAAGCGUCGGCAGGCAAGAAGGCACUAGCAUUCCGUAAAGCCGAAGGACGUCGGCACACGCUCUGUCUCCUCGGCUGCGGAAUCGUAUCGCGGCAUGGCAACGAGUCGCGCAUGGGCCUCUCCCGGCUUGUAGAAGUCGCAACAGUGGCGCACGGAUCGCUCACCCACCACAACGAUGUCCCUUUGUCCCAACGCGCUGCACCUUUACCCACGCACACGCCAUCCGCAUCCGAUUCAGCACUCUGUACUACCACCAUCAUCGCUACAAGGACUGUACCGUCGCAAGCAUCGGCGUCUACCUCACCGCUCCGCACAAUAAAGGCCCAAGUAGCCCAAAAAGGCAUGUCAGCAGCGUCCGAGCAACCUAGCGCCCCCAACUUUCUCGUCGACGGUACGAGCUCAACUGUGCGCGGACUCGAUCGGACUUCGUGGGAGUGUCUUCGCUCCCACGUCGAGGAACUUCGUAUCGUCGCCAUCUCCUCGCGGUGUGGAGCUGCUUCACCAAAAGACGCAGUGCGCAAACCCGACUGCAUCUUCGACUUGUGCACAGACAGGGAUACAACGCAACGAAGCGUGUCCCAAAUCUUCCUACAGCCAACUUCGAAUACUGUCGUGCCCGCAAAGAGCCUUGAAGAACUGCUGGAAAUCGACAUUGUCGCACCUGCAGAUCCCAGCAUGGCCAAACAACGUCGCAUCUGGCUACCCACCCAGGUCCGCAACAUCCUCGACGACGCAGAUCACCUCGUCACCAACUCCAACGCUUCCUUCCCCAGCACCCCUGCCUCAGCACCACUCCAUCUCGCCAAACCACCAGAAUCCCAACCGCUCGCCGAGUUCCAAUCCGCCAGCGCACGCAUCCUCAACCUCGUCCGCGGCCAACCUACAGCCACCUAG